AUGGCACCUACAGGAAAUGCUACUGCAGCAAUCCCGGCAUCAGAAGAAACCCCAUCCGCCAAUAACGGCACCCCUUCAACCAAGACCUCUCCUCUGAACGAGGAAUUUGAGAAGCUUGUGUACGAAACAUUGAGUAAAUGGCACAUACAAGGUGUCUCUAUUGCAGUAGUUGACGGAGAUGAGACCUGGGCCGAGGGAUAUGGAAUCGCCGCGUUGCCGGAUGUCCCAGUUCGACCUUCGACCUUGUUUUAUACGGGGAGCACGACCAAGUCCUUCACUGCUGCGGCGGCCUCUCUGCUAGUCGAUGAUGACGAAAAGUAUCCCAACAUCAAAUGGACCACUCCUCUCAAUCAGAUAAUUCGGGACGACUUUGUCCUCUCAGACGAGUAUGCCACCUCACAUGUGACGUUGGAGGACGCUCUCUCCAAUCGAUCUGGGUUGCCAGGGCAUGAACUGACCUUGGGCCGGCCCGGCAGCGUCCGAGAUGUCGUUCGAAGCCUGCGCCACUUCAAAAUGAACAAGGAUGUCAGGACCACCUGGCAGUAUUGCAAUGCAUUAUUUAUUACUGUGGCACAUGUGAUCGAGGUCGUGACUGGAGAGUGGCUAGGGGACUUUCUACGCAAACACAUAUGGGAUCCCCUGGAUAUGAAGUCAACUUUCUUUUCCCUCGAAGACGCUCAGAAGUACGUUGCUUCAAGUGAGAAUGACGCCAAUCUCGCGAUACCCUAUGGCUGGGACGAAGAGAGCUCUCAGGCAAAGGAGAUCCCUUAUUGUGACGCAGUAUUGAGCGGCGCCGGCGCUGUAAUAUCAAACGUCCUUGAUUACGCCAAGUAUAUCCGAUCUAUGAUGCGGCAGUCUGGCCCGUUGUCAAAAGCAGGGUAUGCUGCGAUGCUUACUCCACGUUCUUUCUGCCCGCAGAUGCUACCACAGCUCAAAAAGCAGAUGUUAUAUACAUUGGGUUGGAUGUCAUCGACGUACCAUGGCGAAUUUGUCAUGUUGCAUCCUGGAGGCUUGGAGGGCAUGACUGCAACCAUGGUUUAUUUUCCUGAACGUGAUUGGGGUGCCCUCGUCUUCUGCAACGCCGAUGGUCCAGGGCGAGAAACUCUCGCAUGGUAUCUUAUAGAUGAAAUGCUGACCGUUCCACAAAGCCAACGUAUUAACCUCUACAAUGUCACUCAGAAGAGGCUUGCCCAACGAAGAGAGUACAACUCAACGGCCCAACAACGCCUAUAUCCGUCUAUACCUUCUCCAGCUCGGCCCUUGUCCCUCCCAUUGACAAACUAUACUGGCACAUAUACACACCCAGCCCAUCCGGAUCUGAUCAUUAGCGUGACAUCUGACGAUGAUCCUCAACUCAACGUUCUUCUCACAGGAUCUUUCCCUACUCGAAUGAAACUGAAACACGUCACUGCUGAGUUCUUUUUAGCAGAGAUAUUUUUGUUUCGGUUUCAUCAGGAAUCUGACGCCGUUGUCAAGGCUGAAUUUCAGAUAAAUGCUGAGGGCAGAGUGACUAGAUUUGGUGCCGCUAUUGAUUUUGCAGACAUGCCGGACACACUCAUUUGGUUUGAACGUACCAACUGAACAAUAACAAUUUUUUAGGCCCUAAUGUCACUAUUAGACACAUGGUAGAGAAUGAGGCUUAUAUAUAGCAUUUGAAAACAGACUACUGUAACCUUG